AUGUUUGGCCAACAAUCAGGAACAGCUGCACGGAUCGCCCGGCAGCAAUUGCGAUCAAAAGCUCGUGUGAUCAACUCUCGCUUCCAAUCGACCGCAGCGCAUGCAGCCUCCAGUGGUAGUAGCCCUGCAUUGAUUGGUGGGCUUGCUGGCGGAGCUGUCGCCUUCUCUGCAGGAUACCUCUGGUACCAUUUCUCUGGAGUCAAGACACUCGUGAACACAAGCAAGCAGACACAAGCCUACCUUGAACAAGCCAAACAAAAAAUCGUCGAAAAGACGCCUGAGCCAAACGAGGCCUUCCGCUGGUUGGAGGAUACGGUUAAAAGUUACGCCGUUUUGAUCCCCGGUGCGCGAGGCUAUGUCGACACCGCCUUUGAAGACCUCAAACGGAUCCAGAACGAUCACCACAAGGAGUUCGACGAAAUCAUCAGUGACGCAUACAAUGAGCUUCGGGAUAUCACGCAAAAUGAAGGAUUCAGCUCUACUUCGGCCUCCAAGGCAUUGCAAGUCUUGCAGAAGCAGUCCAAACGCCUGUUCGAUCUGGCCGGUGACGCCGCGGGCAAUGUUCUCGAUAACCACCCUCAGUUGAAGGAGAAGUUCGGAAGCAGCUACGACCAGCUGAAGCAGAUGGGCGAUGCUUACGGCCCCAAGGCGAAGGAGGAGGUGAACCAGACCUGGAAGCAGAUCUCCACUAUUGUUCAGCGCGGCGUGAGCCAGGACUCCUUCGAGGAGAUCAAGAAUUUGAUCCAAGACAAGAAGAACAAGCUUCAAAAGAUGGGCGACGAGGCAUGGCAGUCUGGCCUUGAGGAGUCUCAACAAUAUCUGGAAAAGAGCCCCAAGUUGAAGCAAUUGAUCGAAGAGAACGCCGAUACCUUGAAAAAGGGAAACUUCAAGGAUCUGUGGGGCCUUGUCAAGGAGAGCGCUUCUUCGGGCAAGACGGAGCAAGUCGAGAAAUAUGUGAAGGAGAAGGCUGAGGAAGCCAAGAACACCAAUUUGGGCAGCCUAGACAAGUGGCUGAACAUGGUCCCGGGUGGUUCGAACAUCCUGCCUCAAUUGCAGUCCUUGCAGACUAUUGCGCAGGAGAAGGGCAGUGAAGCAGAGAAGGUUCUAUCCGAGACCAUCGAGGAGUUGCAAGAUGUGUUGAAGAAGCGAAAGGAGCAGGUGGAGAAGCUCGCCGAGGAAGCGAAGAAGGAUACGAAAUAA